UGGACUUCUUGGGGGAUCCUUGCCAGGAGGGGAGACAGCGGGGCUGCAGGCGGAGCGAUGCUCGGUCCUACGAUGCUGGGCGCGGUGGUAGCCUCGCUGGUGGCUUCAAUGCUCCUGUUGCAGCGUGGGGACGAGGGGUCCGGGGCUGCCCCCAGCAUGGCGGACAAGGAAACACUGCUGAAGCUUCGGGAAGACUUCAAGAUGCAGAAUAAAUCUGUCUUUAUUUUGGGUGCCAGCGGGGAAACCGGCAAAGUACUUUUAAAAGAAAUCCUGGGACAGAACCUGUUUUCCAAAGUAACGCUCAUUGGCAGGAGGAAGCUAACAUUCGAGGAGGAAGCUUAUAAAAAUGUGAAUCAAGAAGUGGUGGAUUUUGAAAAGCUGGAUGACUACGCUUCUGCCUUUCAAGGUCAUGAUGUUGGAUUCUGUUGCCUGGGCACCACCAGAAGGAAAGCCGGAGCGGAAGGAUUCGUUCGUGUUGACCGAGAUUAUGUGCUGAAGUCUGCAGAGCUGGCAAAAACAGGAGGAUGUAAACAUUUCAACUUGCUGUCCUCCAAGGGGGCUGAUAAGUCCAGCAGUGUCUUAUACUUACAAGUAAAGGGAGAAGUGGAAGCCAAGGUUGAAGAAUUAAAGUUUGAUCGAUUCUCAGUGUUUCGGCCAGGAGUCCUACUGUGUGACAGACAAGAGUCUCGUCCAGGCGAAUGGCUGGCUAGGAAAUUCUUCGGCUCUCUGCCAGACUCUUGGGCCAGUGGGUAUGCUGUGCCUGUGGUGACGGUGGUUAGAGCGAUGCUGAACAACCUGGUGAGUCCCAGCAGUGGACAAAUGGAACUUCUGGAAAAUAAGGCCAUCCUCCACCUGGGGAAAGACAGUGAUGUCCCCAAACUGUGACUGUGCUGGAGGAUAUUCAUGAAAACCUCAGUGUCUGUCACCACAUCAGUCAUUUUGGGCUCUAUAGAAAGUCUCUUUGUGGUCCUCUCCUCAGCCAUGCAGCUGCAUCAGGAAAUGGCAGAGCUCUGCAUCAGUUGUGAGCCCCUUUGUUCAUAUAAGUCAUCCAGGAAGCUUUUGAAGAACAGGUUUAUAUCACAAACCUAAACUUUGUAGGUUGCAAAUAGGGAUCUCUGGAGGUCCCGGUGCCUCUGGUUGUUAAGACCAGCUUUGAAGCACUCCUACAGAGACAGCUGAGCAGAGGGGCUCUCGUACUUCAGGCAGGCGAGUGAUGUUGAAGCUUGUUAGCAGUCUAGUCUCCUAGUGGCACGGUGCUGAUGGGCUGCAUGUAGCUGAGUGAACACUGUGCCUUGACUCUGUGUCAACAUAGAAGCUGUAAAACCAGCUUCUGUAAUUCACUGAGGAAUAAAAAUAAUGGAGAAACCCAGUGUGGUGUUUCAGUUGCUGGAAACUGGAGGUAUUAGUGGGACCGUACAGUGAAGGCCCCCAGGGAUGGCAUCAUAGCCACUAACACUGCAGGUAUCUGUAUAGUUUUAGGUUGUAUGUUCUUGGCCCUCCAGUAGUUCCCCAGCAUCCUAUAGAGCCAUACUGUUACCCUCAUAUCUUUAGUUUUUCAUUUAAACUUGUAUUAAAUUUCUAUUCUUAUCCUUAUGUUGCAGAUGGGGAGUCUGAGGCACGCUAUUGCUAAGUGUCUUGCUCAAGGCUUUACAGCUGAGAAGUUAAAGCUAGGAAGUGGCAGGGUCGGGAUAAACCACUCAGCCUGAUCCUAUUGCUUGUAUUUUGUAUGUGUGUGUGGUGUGUGUGUGUGUAUGUGUGUGUGUGUGUGUGUGUGUGUGUGUGAGUGUGUGUGUUCCCUCAGAGGCCAGAAGAAGGCAUUGGAUCCCCUGAACCUGAGUUACAGAUCCACUUAUGUGAGUGCUAGGAACACAUUGUUCAGGUCUUCUGGAAGAGCAGCAAAUGUUCUUAACCACUGAGCCAUCUACCCAGCUCCCUGCAGCUGGCUUCUUUAACCACUCUGUUAAAGUACCCUGUGUCCAUCUAUUUCUAGAGGUUUCCAGUUAACUUAGUAUAUUGUGUAUGCAUAAAACGUAAGUUCUUGUGUUUCUCUCUUGGUCCAGGAUCCUUACAAUUGCAAACAGUGGUUAAUCUAAAAUUCUCGGACAUUAAACUUUGAAAGACUCA